UAGGUUAGAGAUACAGACGUCACAUUAACAGCAGGAGAACAGACUGACUUCGCCCUCUCCGGCUUUACCACCAAACCAAGGCCCUGCCACUGUUGAAGGCUUUUCUUGAGAUUACUCUUUGGAUUUCUCUUCUUUGCCACGAUGUCGACGGCUGUGGAAGCGACCGGGUUCAUCAUGUGCAUGAUCAGCUGGCUGAUCACCGGCUCCGCGCUGGCCAACGACUACUGGAAGAUCUCCACGGUGUCUGGCAGCGUCAUCAUCUCUCAGAGGCAGUUCGAGAACCUGUGGCAUGCCUGCGCCGAAAACAGCGCCGGCAUCGCCGAGUGUCGAGACUUCGAGUCGCUGCUCGCCCUCCCCGCUCACAUCCAGGCGUGCCGCGCUCUGAUGAUCAUCUCUCUGAUGCUCGGACUCGGCGCAAUGGUCGUCUCUCUGCUCGGACUCAAGUGCAUCAAGAUCGGAACGGCCACCGACCAAACCAAGGCCAAGAUGGCCGUCAUCGGGGGAAUCCUGAGCAUACUUGGUGGUCUGUGCUGCAUGAUAGCAGCUUCGUGGUACGCCUCCAGAGUCGUGGAGGACUUCCAUGAUCCGUUCACCGGGGGCGUGAAGUUUGAGCUGAGCACAGGUCUCUACAUGGGGUGGGGAGGGUCGUGUCUCUCCAUCCUGGGAGGAGCCUUCCUCUGCUCGGCCUGUAAGAGAGCCUCACCUGCAGGAAAGAAAGGCGGCUACUAUGGAAACAAGCCUCAGAAAGUCUACACUGCAACAGCCAAAUCUGACCCAGAUUCAGGCAGAGCAUACGUCUAAACACACACACACACACACACACACACACACACACACACACACACACACACACACACACACACACACACACACACACACACACACACACACACACACAGUGUAGUUUGUUUUCUGUCCUAGUGAAGUCUUUGCUUAUUUUUCUAGAGUUUUUGAGGUGGAAUCUGAAAUGGUAAAUGUUGGGGAAGAUUUGAGGAUGAUUGUGUGAUUCUGUUUAAAUGUAAUGCUAUCUGAAUAAAGUUUGUGUUACCUAAUAAAUGAUGUUUCUAUAAA